AUGACAUUAGCAUCCCCUUAUCGAAUCGGCGUUGAUGUUGGCGGUACCAACACCGACUCCGUUAUACUGGAUGUUCGAGCUACAAACGAGCUAAACCGCGGGGUGAUUGCUCUGCAUAAAACUCCAACUACAAGUCCAAAUGUUACUGAUGGAAUUGAAACUGCCGUCCUCAGUGUUCUCGAGCAGUCAAAAGUUCCCAGGGAUCAGAUUGCGUGCCUAAUUAUCGGGACUACACAUUUUAUCAACGCCAUAGUAGAACAUGAUGCUCGGCGCCUAUCGAAAGUGGCCAUCCUUCGUCUUUCCAAGAGCUUCACGAGAGAGGUCCCUCCGUUCUCUGAUUUUCCGCCGGCACUAACGUCGAUUAUGAAUGGACAUUAUGCGUAUGUUGAUGGUGGCCUUAGUAUCGACGGAUCGCCAGAAGCAGCUAUCAAUGAAGCCCAAGUGGUGAAAGAAUGUGAAACAGUCAGAGAGAAAGGGCUAGAUGCAGUGGUAAUAUCGGGCGUUUUCUCACCAAUCGACAAUCAUUUCCAUCAAGAAGAUGAAGUUCGAAAGAUCGUUCGACGGGAGCUGCCUGACGUGGAUAUCGUCUGCUCCUCAGAGGUAUCCCAAAUUGGAUUUCUGGAACGCGAGAAUGCUUCUAUUUUGAAUGCUUCUAUCCUCAAAUUCGCACGACGCACCAUCCGAGGCUUUAAAUCAGCAAUGAAACGCUUGAAGUUGAGCUGUGAUCUAUACUUAACUCAGAAUGAUGGAACUUUGAUUGAUGCUCCCUCUGCCGCAAGGCUCCCCAUUCGCACAUUUUCCUCUGGACCAACAAACUCCAUGCGAGGAGCUGCGUACCUAGGACUUCAUGGGUCCGACAAAGCUGAAAGCGAGCGUACUGCGACUAUUGUGGUUGAUAUUGGAGGUACAAGCUCAGACAUUGGAGUUUUACUCCCAUCUGGGUUUCCACGUCAGGCUUCUGCCUACGUCGAAGUAGCGGGAGUGAAAAUCAAUUUCAGCAUGCCGCACGUCGAGUCCAUUGGACUUGGAGGCGGCUCUAUUGUUCGUGGUGAGGGUGCUAAAACCACCAUCGGCCCAGACUCAGUUGGCCAUUACCUCAGCACCAAGGGCACUGUGUUUGGAGGAGAUACCCUCACUGCAACAGAUAUAGCAGUAGCCGCUGGAGCAGAAAUCGGAAACCCAGAGUUGGUGAAAGACCUGGACAAAGGCCGGGUAUCUGCCGCACAAGCGAAGAUAAAAUCCCUAUUGGAAGGUGUGAUUGAUCAGAUGAAAACCUCGCCUGCUCCAUUACCGGUUUUACUAGUUGGAGGUGGCUCAAUAUUAGCCUCAACCGAAUUAGAGGGCGUGUCGAAGGUGAUUUUCCCUCCGUUCCACUCCGUUGCAAACGCUGUUGGUGCUGCGAUGUCAAAGGUUGGAGGCACGGUCGACUCAAUUCAAAGUACCGCUGAAAAGGCGGUCUCACAAGUAAUUGAAGAAGCCAAAGCCACUGCCAUAGAGAAAGCGGUAGCUUCCGGCGCAAUUCGGGAAACAGUGUUUCUAGCAGAAGUAGACGCGAUUCCUCUGCAGUAUGUGGCAAACCAAGUGCGCGUGAUUGUGAGAGCUGUGGGUGAACUAUCCCCUGGAGGAGUCCCCACGGUAAAUGGCAUGCAAGCAGGUGAGGAUGAUGAAGAGGGCGAUGAUGAAAUUUAUAACGAGGCUCCGAAACAAGAUAUCCAAACUAAUGGGCUUCGCACUGAUAAAAUUGACGUCGCUACCUACCGGCCGAAGGUUGUGAAAAACCCUGACACCGGAAUCCAGGAAUGGAUUGUGUCUGAAACAGACCUCGUCUGGCUUGCUGAUGGGUGCUAUGUUCUGGGAUGCGCUGGUGGUGGCUCGCCAUUUAGUGAAUAUAUCCGAAUCCGCGAUCAGCUUCGGCAAGGACACAUAAUCCGCAUCAUAGAUCCGUAUUCCGUGAAGAAAGAUGCUGUAUUAUAUUGGGGUGGUCGUAUGGGCUCUCCAGCAGUGGCUGUAGAACGGCUCGCAAACAACGAGACAGAACAGGCUGUCCGUGAUCUCAUGGAGUAUCUUCACCAUGACUCCUUUGACGCCAUAAUGGGAGUGGAAAUCGGUGGCAGCAACGGCCUUCAGCCACUUGCUCUUGGCUCAUCAAAAAACAAUGACCGCCCUGUUGUCGAUGCUGAUUGGAUGGGUCGUGCCUAUCCAACGUAUUGGCAAACCACCAUCUGUGUCUACCAGCCUGGACAGUUGGCGCCGUGCUCUAUUGUUUCGGGUGAUGGGAAUACGAUUAUUAUGACAAAAUCUGCUACUGAUGAGAUUGUUGAUCGAUCGCUGCGUGCAUCAUGCAUAGAAAUGGGCUCCAGUGUAGGUAUGGCGGCUUGUCCCACCACUGGCGACAAAAUGUUAAACUACAGCGUGCUCAACACUCUAUCCCUCGCCUGGCGUAUCGGACGAUGCAUCGCUCGCGCGGAUGCUGAUAACACUCUCAGUACUGUAGCCGAACAAAUGGUUGACGAAGUUGGCGGCCCCGAGUCUGGGAAAAUCCUAUUCCGUGGGAAAAUCGUUGCCGUUGAAAGACGACUAUACAAAGGCCAUUCUUACGGAGAAAUCACGAUUCAGCAAAUCCAGAAAAGUGAGCUGGAGUCCGAUGGAGCAAAUCGGUGCUCGGAGGGCGCCUCUCGAUCGUCAAUACCAGUUGCCACAGGCGGAGUAUUGAAGAUUCCAUUCAAGAAUGAGAAUAUUUACGCCAAACAUAUUUCUGAACAGGGCGAGGAGAAGUAUGUUGCCAUGGUGCCUGAUCUGAUCUGUGUUUUGGAUACUCAGUCUGGGAAAGCACUGGGGGUACCCGAAUUUAGGUACGGGGUUAUGGUAACCGUCCUGGGAAUUGCAUGUUCACCACGAUGGACGGAUACAGAGAGAGGACUGGAAAUUGGUGGUCCAGGUGCGUUCGGAUAUCACGAUCUCGAGUAUGUGCCCCUUGGGAAGUACGUGCAGCCUAAGAGCGUGGUGAAGGAAUACGCUGAAGAGUAA